CAACAAAAGCAAGAGCACAAUAUAUAUCAUCCCUAAAUUCUAGGGUUCCCAUAUAAUCAGAUCAAAUCAAACUUCUUUCUCUCUGAAUCCGGUCCGUCAUGGACAGGAUCAGCAGGUUGCCUGAUGACGUCAUCUGUCACAUCCUAUCGUUCCUCCCAACCAAACAUGCGGUGGCAACUUCAAUUCUUUCUUCAAGAUGGGUAAAUCUAUGGUCUUUUCUUACGAUUAUUGAUUUGGAUGAUACCCUUUAUCUAAACCCUUCUUUGAGAAGAAGUUCAUCAUAUUCACUGCUUUUUGUUAACUUUUUAGAUAGAGUUCUGUCCCAGAAUCAGUCUCAAACUAUUGUUAAGUUUAGACUACAUAUACAUGAUUCUCAUGGUCAAACCUUGUCUAGGAUUAAUGGGUUUAUUCAGAGCGUUGUCUUGAGAAAUGUUGUCGAAAUCGAUUUGGGGAUCUUCUUUAAUUUUCCUAAUAACGAUGACUGCUUAAAGAUUCCCAACAGUCAGUCUUUGAAAGUGCUCAAGGUUACAAGUGAGGAUGGGUUAAAGAUGCCCGCCUUUCCGGGUUGUUUUCCUAGGCUUACUGUCUUUGAUGUUAAGGUUUCUCUUAUCGCGUCCGGCGAUGAUCUCAUUACCAAUCUGUUUCCUUGUUUACCUGCUCUUGAGAAGCUGUCUCUUGUUGGGGAUUUAACUGAUUGCACUGGGGAAAUCUAUGUUAAUGUUGGCGGGGUUGCUUUAAAACGUUUGGAAUUGGAGUUAUCCAUUGAUAAUUAUGACGAUUGUGAUGCUAUGGUUGUUAUUGAUGCGCCUCGGUUAGAGUACCUUAGGCUUCAAGAUGGGUUUAUGGCAUCUUACUUGGUGAAAAACAAGCCUGCAAUCAGUGAAGUUAGGCUUGACGUUGGAGAGUAUGAUGAGGAGUUUCUUGAGUUUUUGGACGAGGUGGGUCACAUACGACUCCCUCGUUUCAAUGAGCUUUUGCAAGGUUUGGUUAACUCCAAGUUUAUAUCGGUUUCUGCAAGUACUCUAAAGGUCGUUUGUUCACAAAGAUGGAACCUACCCGUGUUGCCUUCAUUGACUAAACUAGAACUAGAUGUGCAUACUAGUACUUGGAUGCUGCUGUUAUACUGGCUUGAAAGCUGUCCGAACUUGAUGGUUCUCUCUUUGAUCCUAAAGGAAAAACCUGUAGAUGACUUGGACAUGCUAGAGGAACUGGAGUUGACCGGGCAAGAUGUGGUGCCAUUGUGCCUAUCAUCACGCGUCAAAGAGAUUGAGAUUAAGAGGCUCGGGAGAGUGGAUGAGGAAGAAAUGCUCAAGUAUCUUUUGGAAAAUGCAAAAGUUUUAGAUAAAUUUACGGUCAAUUCUCGCGUAUAUAUUAAAGACGGUAUUCUACAAUAAAUAAAUCCCAAGAGAACUCUAUCUGGAUCUAUAAAUCUAAGGGAUUAACGGAGUCUAGCUUGCUUGUUGGUGGAUUAUAUUUUCUUUUCUUUUUCCUUUUUGUGAAUAGUUGUAAUUUAAACCGAUAUAAGACUGGCUAAGUUUGAAAAAAAAGUCACAAAUUCUGUUCUAAAA